AUGUCCCAGUCUGACCCCACUGACGGAGAGAACCUCCCUCCACCAGGAGAGCUGCCACACCCUGACCUCAAAUGUGGGAAUGAUGUUCCUGAAGCCCCAACUGAAGUUCAGCAGUCUCAGAAGACCUCUGAGAGUGCCCCGCAGACCACUGAGGAGACGACCAAGGACACCGGCGAGACUCUGACUUCUGAGAGUCCAGAGCCAGAGGGUCAACUGAGUGAAUGUGACCAAUCAGUGAGCCUGGAUGGUGCUGCGGAGGAGAAAGAUGGCAAGAGCUUAAGUCAAGUAAAUGAGCAAGCUUGGGGAGGAUGGGGUUCAUGGGGCAAAUCACUCCUUAGCAGCGCCACUUCCACAGUGGGUCAUAGUUUGACAUCUGUCAAGGCGAAGGCAGGAGAAGCUCUGCGUCUCCACAGGACCUCUGUUGGCGAAGAAGCCAAAGAGGAAGAGGGUGAUACAGUGGAGGAAAAGCAAGAGGGAGGGGAGGAAAGCGUCCAGCAGUCAGGCUUUGAAGACACAAACUCUUCUGGGACUGCUGCCUCUAACAGGGGCGUGUUCUCUGCUAUCUCCAAUGUUGUGCACAACACGGGUAAAUCUGUGCUCAGCGGAGGUCUCGAUGCUUUGGAGUUCAUCGGAAAGAAGACCAUGACUGUUUUGGCUGAGAGCGAUCCGGGUUUCAAAAAGACCAAGACACUGAUGCAGAAGACUGCCUCGCUGAGUCAGAUGUUGAAGGAAGCCAAGGAGAAGGAGCGAGCACGGCUGAGCAACCAGCCCAUCAGCGCACCGACGGCUCAUUAUGGGAUUCUUUUUGAUGACUACCAGGGCUUGUCCCACCUUGAGGCUCUGGAGAUAUUGUCCAACGAGAGUGAGGCCAAGGUCCAAGCAUUCCUCUCCUCCCUCGAGGAAGAAGCGCAGGACGAAGUGAAGAAAGAGUUGAUUUUCAUCAAGGAUGUCUUCAUCAAGAGAGAUGAAGAAAAAGAAGAGGAGACCCAAAAUGAAGAGCAGACGAAGGAAUCUGAUGAAGUUGAUGAAGAGUUUAUGAGUGUUCUUACUGAGUUGCUGUUCGAGCUUCAUAUUGCUGCUACACCAGACAAACUGAACAAGGCUCGGAUGAGCGCCCACGAUUGGGUGAGCAAGGUGGAGCGGCCUGUCACAAUAGAGACAGUUGGCAGGGAGACGGAGGAACAGCAGGGAGAGGAGAAAGAGAAGGAGGAGGAAGAGGUGAUGGAAAAUGUAGCAGCGAGUGUGGAAGAGGAUGCAAAGACAAAGAAGGUGGACGGGCUCCAGUCUGUGGAGUCCAUCUACUUGUCAUCAGUGGGCAGUCUGGCCGAAGUGACGGCCCGGAGUAUUGAGCAGCUCCACAAAGUGGCAGAACUCAUCCUCCACGGCCAAGAGCAGGAACAGGAGAAACCAGCAAGGGAUCAGGCACAUGUCCUCACCAGGUUAACAGCUGCUAUGUGUAAGGAAGUGGAAUUUUUGGCAAGAAAGUUCUCGGAUACGCUACUUGUAGUUGGGUGUCAGAGGAAAGCUGAAGAGCUGAGUCCACUCGUUGACAGUGUGCUGCUAGAGGGCUCCAACAGCACCAACUACAUUCAAAACGCCUUUCAACUUCUGUUGCCCGUCCUGCAGAUCUCCCACAUCGAGAGCCAACGCUCUAAAACCGCAGAACCAGCACACGUGCAGCAAUAA